CUUUAACAUUGAUCUGAAACUCCUAACUCUACAUCCCAUUGACAUGCAAGUUCCCACCCUCCAUACUAGGGCAUAGACAUCUUCAAAAGGUGGUGUUAUAAGCAAACAUAUUUUGUUAAAAAUCCCAAUUCCAAGAGUCAAGUUCACAACUUGAAUCACCCAUGGAAGGAAGGGAGAAAAAACCUACAAAGAUGUCUGUGCCUCAAUUUGGAGGGUGGGAACAUAAGGCACCAGGAGUGCCCACUGAUUAUUCAAUUGUGUUCGGUCAAGCAAGGGAAAACAAAAAGACUCAGAAAACUAAUUUAGCUGAAGUCAAACGUUUAAGCCCUGGAAAUGAAAGGGAUAACCUAAAUGGAAACCAUCGUCAUGGAAAUGGCCAUGGGCGUGGGCAUGGUCAUGGUCAUGAUCAUGCUCAUGGUCAUGUACAUGGACAUGGACAUGGACAUGGAGCUGGACCUAGUCAUGGGCAUGAUAAGGAAGAUUCUCCUUCUACAAGGAGAAAGAAGGCUCUCAUGAAUUGCUUUACAUCUUGACAUCAAUUUUCAAAUCACACACAUGAGAUCAUGAUAUUAAGAUUAAGCAUACAGGGAUGGCAUAUAUAUAAACUUUCAGAGACAUAGAAACCUCAUCAAAAGCUUCCAUAAUAUGAAGUGCCUUCUGUUUCUACUGAAGCUUUUGUUUCUAUUGUUUCCAUGAAACCCAAAUGAAUGUGUGACAUUAGUCACUACGAAGCACUCUUACGGAGACCUAUGCACCCAGAAUUCAGACAUCAUUGUCGGAAAUACCUUUGUCAAACACAUCUUGCUCGAGAAUUUCCAAUCAUCGUAUCUACAAAAGGUUGAAUCAAUCAUGUACUUAUUUAAUCAAGGGAGUCUUUGUAUUAUGUAAAAUAAUACCCUU